AUGUCUCAGCCCCACGCCGCCGCUGCCGCCUCGAAGCGCCCCUUCUCGUCCACCACCACAUCCCCGUCCCCGACCUCCUCCCCUGCGACGCGGCUUAUGAAGAAGGCCAAGCACCCCGCCGCCUCCUCCUCCUCCGCGGGGACCGUCGAGAAGAACGGCAUCCACCUUGAUACCGCCGUCGCCGCCGCCGCCACGGGCGGGGGCCGAACGAACGGCGAGGAGGAUGCGGAGAUGGUGCUCGUGGACCAGGACGAGCUCCCCGCGCCCAGCGCGCCGGCCUCCACGGGCGUUGCCGCCAACCUCUUCCGUAAGAAGGCCACGCUCCCGCAGCCGUCGACCUCCUCCCGCAAGCCCCUCCGCAUCAAAAUAGGUCAACCAAAACUGCCAAAAAACUUCGAAGAGGAUACAUGGGCGAUUUUGAAGGAUGCUAUCACAGCUAUUUUUCUCAAGCAGAAACUUUCUUGUGAUGUUGAGAAACUCUAUCAGGCUGCUGGUGAUCUUUGUCUGCACAAGCUAGGGGCAAACCUAUACGAACGAAUCAAGAAAGAAUGUGAAAUACACAUAGCUGAAAAAAUAUCAGCAUUAGUAGGCCAAAGCCCAGAUUUGGUUGUAUUUUUGUCUCUGGUCCAAAGAACAUGGCAAGAUUUUUGUGAUCAGAUGUUGAUUAUUCGUGGUAUUGCUUUACUUCUUGAUGUAAAAUAUGUCAAGAAUGUGGCGAAUAUUUGUUCAGUGUGGGAUAUGGGACUGCAACUGUUCCGCAAGCAUCUAUCACUAUCCCCGGAGAUUGAACACAAAACUGUAACUGGCCUUCUCAGAUUGAUCGAGAGUGAGAGGCUUGGUGAAGCAAUAGAUAGGACAUUACUUAGUCAUCUUCUGAAGAUGCUUACUGCUCUUGGAAUGUAUUCUGAGAGUUUUGAAAAGCCCUUUCUUGAAUGCACUUCUGAAUUUUAUGCUACAGAAGGUGUUAAAUAUAUGCAGCAAUCUGAUAUUCCAGACUACCUGAAGCAUGUGGAGUCGAGGUUACAAGAAGAACAUGAAAGGUGUAUUCUAUAUUUGGAAGCUAACACAAGGAAGCCACUGAUUGCAACUACUGAAAAGCAAUUGCUAGAACGUCAUACAUCUGCAAUUAUUGAGAAGGGGUUCACUAUGCUCAUGGAUGCAAGUCGUAUAAAUGACCUCUCGAGGAUGUACAACCUUUUCCAGAGGGUUAAUGCUGUUGAGCUGCUAAAACUAGCGCUUAGUUCAUAUAUCCGGGCUACAGGCCAGGCCAUUAUUAUGGAUGAGGAAAAGGACAGAGAAUUAGUUCCAUUUCUUCUCGAUUUUAAGGCGUCACUCGACAAAAUAUUGGAAGAAAGUUUUGCCAAGAAUGAGGCUUUCUCCAAUACCAUAAAAGAUUCAUUUGAGCACCUUAUCAAUCUAAGACAGAACCGACCUGCGGAAUUGAUUGCAAAGUUUCUUGAUGAGAAACUUCGAGCUGGCAAUAAAGGGACAUCAGAAGAAGAGCUGGAGGGUAUACUUGAUAGAGUUUUGGUCCUGUUUCGGUUUAUACAAGGUAAAGAUGUAUUUGAGGCAUUCUACAAGAAGGAUCUAGCUAAGAGGUUGCUGCUUGGGAAGAGCGCAUCAAUAGAUGCUGAAAAAUCGAUGAUCACAAAACUCAAAACUGAGUGUGGAAGUCAGUUUACCAACAAGCUGGAGGGAAUGUUCAAGGACAUUGAAUUAUCCAAAGAAAUAAAUGAUUCAUUCAGGCAAUCAUCUCAAGCUAGGACAAAGCUUCCCUCUGGCAUUGAAAUGAGUGUCCAUGUGCUUACAACAGGCUAUUGGCCUACAUAUCCACCAAUGGACGUGAAACUCCCACACGAACUGAAUGUGUAUCAGGAUAUAUUUAAAGAGUUCUAUUUGAGCAAGUACAGUGGAAGGCGUUUAAUGUGGCAGAAUUCUUUGGGACACUGUGUCUUGAAAGCGGACUUUCCCAAAGGCAAAAAGGAAUUCGCAGUGUCAUUGUUUCAGAGUGUGGUUUUGAUGUUGUUCAAUGACGCACAAAAAUUAAGCUUCCUUGACAUCAAGGAUUCCACUGGUAUCGAGGAUAAAGAAUUGAGACGGACACUGCAAUCACUUGCAUGUGGUAAAGUUCGGGUUCUCCAAAAGAUACCAAAAGGGAGAGAUGUAGAAGAUAAGGAUGAAUUUGUAUUCAAUGAAGAUUUUAGUGCUCCCCUCUAUCGCAUAAAGGUAAAUGCAAUUCAAAUGAAGGAGACGGUAGAAGAAAACACGAGCACCACUGAGAGAGUGUUCCAGGAUCGGCAGUAUCAGGUUGAUGCGGCCAUAGUUCGAAUAAUGAAGACGCGGAAGGUCCUCAGCCACACCCUUCUAAUAACGGAGCUUUACCAGCAGCUCAAGUUCCCUGUUAAGCCAGCUGAUAUCAAGAAAAGAAUAGAGAGCUUGAUCGACCGGGAGUACCUGGAGCGGGACAGGAGUAACCCCCAGAUCUACAACUAUCUGGCUUGA